UCCCUUCCGCUCCCAGUUUCGCUCGAUUUUCGUGGCGUGCGGACGGUUUUGUUGCGCGCAAAUAAAAGUCACGGCUCCAUUCUUUGUCCUAGAAGAGGCUGAGGUCGAAGACAAACAGUUGAUCACCUAAAUUUAGACCCAAAACUGGUCUGUCUAAACCUAAACAAAUUAAUUGGAAGUCUCGGUGUAUUCUGUUCCGUGUAGUGUGCGUUCAGUGAUUCCCGCAUAGUCGAUUGAGCAUGAAUAAUAAAGAAGUAACCGGUGAUAUUGUCGAGUGUUCACUUGGAGGCGAGGUCUGGUGAUCGAGCACAGUGUCGAGGCCGUGGGAUUCGUCGUGUGAUGAGUCUGCGGUGACGGUUCGCCGCGGAGCGGUUGGAUGGCGGCAGUAAGCGGCCCCGCGCGGCACUCUCGCGUUUCCAUGAGUGUGUCCAUGUCUCUGAUGCAGGGCGGUACGCAGAGCGCGCAGCAGGGCGCCAUCCUGGCGGCGGCGGCGCCCUACUAUCAGACGCCGGCCAUCCCCACAGAUGUACAGCCCGACCGCCCCAUUGGUUAUGGUGCCUUCGGUGUCGUAUGGGCAGUGACGGAUCCCCGAGAUGGCCGGCGCGUCGCUCUCAAGAAGCUGCCCAACGUUUUCCAGUCGCUCGUCUCCUCCAAGCGUGUCUUCCGCGAGCUCAAGAUGCUCUGCUUCUUCAAACAUGAAAACGUAUUAUCGGCGUUAGACAUCCUCCAGCCGCCCAGCCUCGACUUCUUCCAGGAAAUAUACGUGAUCACGGAGCUUCUACAGAGCGACCUGCACAAGAUCAUCGUGUCUCCACAGCACCUCUCCGCCGACCACAUCAAAGUCUUCCUCUAUCAGAUAUUAAGAGGUCUGAAAUACCUUCAUUCGGCGCGCAUCCUCCACCGCGACAUCAAGCCAGGCAACCUAUUGGUGAACAGCAACUGUGUGCUGAAGAUAUGCGACUUCGGAUUGGCCAGGGUUGAGGAGCCGGACGCCAGCAAGAACAUGACGCAGGAGGUCGUCACGCAGUAUUACAGGGCGCCGGAGAUCCUGAUGGGCGCUAACCACUACACUGCCGCGGUGGACGUGUGGUCGGUUGGGUGUAUAUUCGGGGAGCUUCUCGGGAGACGUAUCCUGUUUCAAGCGCAGAGCCCAGUACAACAGUUGGAGCUGAUAACGGAGCUGCUGGGCACGCCGUCGCUGGAGGACAUGCGGCACGCGUGCGCGGGCGCGCGCGCACACAUGCUGCGCCGCGCCCCCCGCCCGCCUGCCCUCGCCGCGCUCUACACGCUCUCCGUGCAGGCCACGCACGAGGCCGUGCACUUGCUGGCUCAGAUGCUGGUGUUCGACCCCGCGAAGCGUAUCUCUGUGGUGGACGCGCUGGCGCACCCGUACCUGGAGGAAGGCCGACUGCGGUACCACUCGUGCAUGUGCAAGUGUUGCUACAGCGCGCCGCCCGCCGCGCGGCACUACUCGCCCGACCUCGAGCCCGCCGCCGCGCAGCCCUUCCACGACGCCUGGGAGCGGAAGCUCACCUCCGUGCAUCAGGUCAAAGAGGAGAUCCACAAGUUCAUAGCGGAGCAGCUGUCGACGUCGCGCGUGCCGCUGUGCAUCAACCCGCAGUCGGCGGCGUUCAAGAGCUUCGCAAGCUCUAGACCGGGUUCGAAAGCAAAAGUUUGUUCCCCUUUCAAGACGGCGGCAAAAAUCCUUCUGCUAUCGCCAGUGAUAUUUCUGUGCGCGGCCUAGCUAGGCGCGCCGCUGCGACUCCACGGUGGCGCACCCGUCGGAGCUGCCGCCGUCGCCGCACCAGUGGGAAUGACCCGACCCCGCGCGCGGCUUCGACAAGCGACGCGCCGUCUACACCGACACUCGAUAACCUGACAGCUGUCAGCUGUCAGCUGUCACGCGCACGAGCCGCAAUACAUUGACGGCUUUACCGACCGACUGUUUUCGACGUUGACGACGAAUAUUGUGAAUAUGUUUUAGGUCUUGCUCCUACCUAUUCGACGCUCAGCUUAAAUACAUUUCUGAAAAAUAAAUGCGAAGGAAGCAUAUUGUUUUGGUUAGUAUGUCAUAAGUUUCAAUGAACGCCAAGUUUAAAAUCGAGAUUUAUAUAUAUUAAAAAUAAAAUUGUAUUAUCUAAUCAAUAAUAUGUAGCACUUUUAAACAAAGCCAUAGACACUUGAGAUACAAUGUCAAUCAAUAUAUUAGAGUUUAUCUGUGGAGACCAAAUAUGUAAUAAUGUAAAGCCGUCAAUGUUUAGGACUUCAUUUUAUUUUAAUGCUGGUUUGAUUUUGUAACUUUUAAAUGUUUUAAUUUCGUAAUUUGUAUAUUUGCAAUGAAUACAGUCCAAUUUGAACUUUAUUACAAUGAAAUUUAGUUUGUAUUUAGGUGUUAGCAAACUUCUUAUAUACAGUGUGUUCUAUGUCAUGUUACAUCGUAAUAGAGUUCAAAGGAUCUUUUAGGAGUCCUGUGCGUGAUGCGUGGCCAUAUUCAGUCUGUCCUGGUAUUACAUCUUACGUGCGAGAAAGAUGGGCGAGUUCUCCUAUUCUGUCGCACGUAUGUGUGAGAGAAACAGACUGACUGACAUAUAAUGACGUGUUACGACCAUGCGUCACCCAGAGGACGCUCUUCUAAUAUAAUUUCGUUUUAAUUAAUGCAGUUUCAACAGUUGAUUUCAUAUUUAUCACUACAGUUUUAAUCAAAUGACAUAAUUAGUGAAAUUGUAAAAUAUACACCGCACCAUACCUCAUUGCGAUAAUAAUGUUAGAACCCAACCUAAUUAGCCUCGUUACGGUUACGUGGCGUCCCAGACAAGUUGUACUAUAUUACAACGCUCAAAAAUAUCGACAGUCUGCAUUUAUAUUUGAAAGGUAUAAACGUUUAUUAUAAAAACACAUUGAGCGUCGCUUGCGGAUAUUGCUUUGUCGCUCAAGUGUAGUUUCUGCCAGUGAAAUACGCUUUUUGUAUAUUAAAAUAGAGAAUAGAGAGUGUAAUGAAAAAUGCGGCGCAAAAUAAACAAGACAACGUUAAGUGUGUUUUGACCUUAAGGGGUAUUCAUAUUAGAGAGUUUAGUGCCGUAGAUAUGUCUCUACAGGAACCCGUGGAAGACACGUAUUUAAAAGGAAAUAUGCGUUUAUAUUUUUUAAUAUUUGAAGUGAUAAUUUACAACAUUUAAAUUAAUCUAGCUCCAAAAAAAUUUUUUAUCCAAAUAGUUUUUUCAAGCAACCGCCAUUUUGGCGCGCGAGACCCGACGUGACAUUACAAUUUGUGAACAUUUUAUAUACAGACUCCUAUUCAAAACUGAUUGCUGACCAUAUUAAUAUGUAUUCUUACAUAAUACUUACGACAAUUCUUUAAAAAAAUAUAUUAGAGCUUAAUUCGAGUCAGACGCAUAUAUUAAGAGCAGCUAUAAACAAUAUAUGCAUCGUUCCUUAUGAAAAACACGUGUGUGGCACCCGUACGGGGCAUUUUUUAAUAUGAAUACUUCCUUAUAACGCCAUACAACCAAAUAUUUUAUCAUUUUUUUCUAUCAUAUUAACGUAGGACGUAGCAAUAUGUGGGUAGGUUAGCCUAGUUGUUGGGUUCGCUGUGGAACGAUAACGAUGGAAUCGGGAAAUUAUAACGCAAAUGGCAACAGGACAGUUGCAAUUUAAUACAACGAAAAUGGGAGUCUCAAAUGAUACUUAUUUGGAGACUAAAAUCACCGAAAUGGAAUACUUCUCAGUGACAUUUAGUAUCGUACGUCAUUGAGUUUAGCUAUAUUGAAUCUUGAUGAAACGUGACAAGGAUCAAUAUAAAUUAUCACCAUCAUACUACGAUAAUUUGUGUAACUUAGAAGUUCGUCAGCAUUAAAGAGGUCGCAAUUUGUUAAUGACUCGAUGACAAAAAUCGUGCGGACCUCAGAUACGUAAGAAGACAUGCUUUGUGUAGUAUUAGAUUAUUUUCAUUAUCUUUGCGAUUCCAUGUAAUUAUAUAAUGUAUGCGAUGUAGUGUUGUGUGCCUGAUUGUGUUUCGUACGUUGCAAGCAAUAAAUGUUGCAAUACGAUUAUUACACGCAUUUUUUAAGAGUGGUAUUUGAAAUUAUAAUUUGUUGUCUCGUUAAUAAGUGAGAGGCACAGAUUCAAUCCCAUUCCUUAAAUAAUUGUGUUUUACUUAUUAGGAAUUAAAAAUAUCGAAUUUCGUUUUAAUCUAUGAUUUAUUGAUUUCUGUGUUCUCUAAUUAAAUUAAUCUCUAAAGCUGUGUGCAUACGCGCGCUUUGUACUUAACGAGCCAGUUGACCGACUGCGAAUCUCAUGCGGCCGCGUGUGCGCAGCCUUACAUUUUGUACCAUACUAUUUUUAAGCUUAUUCCUUAACACCAUUGUAUGUAACAUCGACUGAACAUUUUUACGUAGCUAGAAUAGAUAGCAUUAGUAUUAAAACUUACUAAUUUACUCGGCAAUGAUUAAAAAAUGAUAAUAAAAAAAGUAACUUUCAUAUACUAUCAUUGCAGUAGUGAGAUAUUGUAUAGCGAAGUGUUGUAAAUGUAAUGGAUACCUGUGUAUUUCAAGCAUUUAAUAGGUAUAUUAGAGAUUUGACGUAAGGAUAUGAAGUGUGUUAGUGUGCGUGAGUAAGAUAUAUAUUUCAUUGGCAAAGUUAUUAGAAAAAUAAAACUAUAUAUGUUUCAAAAUUGAUGUCUUUUGUGUUUACUUAGGAAUAGAUGGAUAUGAGAGUCGCGAGCGUUGUUAUAGUGUAAGUGAUUGAAAGAAAUUUCGCGCCUCCACUGAUUGGUUGGUUUUAGUAUACGGAUACGCACACACACUAACGCAACGCUCUGGACUCACACGCUCGUCUAUAUCAUCACGCUGCUAACAUGUAAUAACUAGCAUAGGAAGAUUUUGUGUGAAUGUCAAGAGACGUCGUAGCCUUAAAACUAGUUCAAAACUAUAUAAAUGAUAAAAAAAAUGUAAAUAAAUAUAGUAUUAAUGUUAGGAUCUAGAAUGGUAUGGAAAAGCCGUUGUAGUAAGCCCACACGAUUAGGAAUGGUGUUCUUGAUAUACGGACGCGCGAUUCGACCAAUAUUGGAACUUGUACGUAAGCAUUAAGGUUUAUAAUUGCUUGUCCAUCGAGCUACUGUAUAUCUAAGAAACUUUCUACGGUACAAAGGAGGCGAGUCCGUGUCAAGAUUAUUUUACGUACGUACAUGGGGAAAUAUUAUGUUUAUUUACAUUACAGAAGAAAUUGUAAUUAUUUGAAUGCAAUAUUCAAUAUUAUUACGUAUUUAGGUGUGCAUUUUUGUCGUUCAUUAUUUAAUUGACGUCGACGUAUAUUUCCUCGUUUACAUAUGAAGAAUAAACUAGGAACAAGCAGUAACAAGUCAAAAUGGAGUCAGAUUUUAUACUAAAGGCACUGGACAUGUAUGGUUACCGCCAUCUAGCGCCAAGUAGCCGCAUACACGCUAGUGAACUAAACAGUCUACCAGUGUGUAGGUUCAGUUCUCAGUCGUGCUCCGUUUUUUUGACGUCCUUUGACAGACAACGCAGAAGUUGUAUAAAGAUUCGACGUACGUCAACACACACGUCGAUGUCAAAAUCUGUGGAAAACAACGGAGUACUACGGAGCACAACGCAACGUAGCAAUAGGGCCUGACUCUAACUGGUCACUGUUGGUCGGAAGACCGGACCGCGACAUACCCACCUUGCCUUAUCUCAAUAAACUGUCACUGUGAUCCGCUAGGCGUAAUUAUUGGAUUCUGAGACCGUUGUUUCAUUUUGACGUUCGAUAUCGAGAAUUGUCGAACUGAGACGCAGCGAACCAAUCACAUUGCAGUGUGGUUGUCGUCGCGUCACAAUCGUGCACGCAGCCAUAUUGCGUCAUAUUUCGAGAGCUUUCGACGAUCGAUUACUAACGGCCUCUGAGCCUUAUCCGUGGAUGCGAUGCUUUGUACAUGCGUAUUCAUUAUUACUAAUGCUUCAUGGGACAUUUUCACGUCAUAAUCGAAGAGGGCUUGUGUAUAUUGUACUGUAUACUAAUGAUAAUAAGGUUCAUUUUAACUAGAUACGGUUCGGGCUUUCUCUAUAGAUAUUAUAUAGAGUUUGAUUUUUAAAAGUGAGCAUCAUGCUUUUGUAAAUAAACUUGAUUUUUACAAUAACAACUAUUUGUUUAAACAGGACAUUUCAAGCCCUGAUUUAAUAAAUUAAUGACGCAUGAAAUGAAAUGAGAGAAAUUGUAUAGCAAUUAGUUUAAGCGUAUGAAGUAUACAGUAACGAAUACCUGUAUAUAUGACCUCGCUUUCUCGAAUAUAGGCCCGAAACCGAGCUACACCUGUAUAUAUAUAUAGGCGAGGAGAUUUUAGCUACCAUUCGCUACCGCUUUAACCACUGUAUCCUUUGACUUGAUUGGAUGUUUGUAAAUAGAUGUUUUUUAAGUAUAUGCUGUAUUCAGAUAGAUAUGCGGCCCAUUGUGUUAGCAGGACUGUUUGUAUUUGUUGAAAAAUAGUGAAAUAUAGCUUUUGUAAAAUUUCUUACUUGCCAAUUUUAAAUACCAAUGUGAUUAACAAACAAUGAAUUGCUCGCGCCUUUGAAGUGUAAAUCGAUCAGUUUUUUUUCAAAUUUAAGCCAGUAUUAAAGCUGUUAUCUAUGACAUAAGUCAUAACUUCAUUUGAGAAUCAGAAGGAAACAGUAAAUAUGCUUUUUUUUUGAGCUUGCGUGUCGCACUUUACACCUCAUGUUCGCUAGCUCAGGCUAGCCUGAAGUCAAACGCGUUCAAAUUUAUGUUAAAAAAACAUUUUUCUAAGUGUUUCUGCUAGCACAGUAGUCCGCCUUGAGAGUGGGUCGCGAGCGCACUCAUGCAUCACCCAAUGUGCACGCUGUUAUUUUAUUAUAUUGUACGUAUUGCGUUUCCAGCCUUUCAGAGAUCUCGUAUAUGUUUAAGUUUAAAGUACACGACUGUUCAUUUUACACACAAGUGAUCCUUAGUUUUAAGACGUCACGUUUUGUUCAACCUUACGGCCAGUCCGCCGAGUUCUUUACUAUAAGUUCUAGAAGCACUGACGAGGCCCGCGCAAAGGAUCAGUUCCUUUCCCAAUGUAAAUAUAGUAAAAAUAAUGUGAUAAGACUUUGAUUUUCACUAUUAACUUGUAGUGUCAACUGCUUAGUUUGUGUUCAGUAAUCACUUUAAUUUGUAUUAUAAUUUACAUAAUAUACAAAAAGUAAAAAAAAAAAUACAAAACAUUUUAAAUUGUAUUGUACGUGUGGUUUCACGGCGAUUUUAUAUUAAUUACCAGUCCUAUUGUAAAUAUUUUGUGCACUGAUAGUCGAUUUUAAGUUACUGUAACUUAGAUUUUAAUUGAAUGGCUGUAUUGAUUUUUAUGUUUUUAAUCCUAAGACACAACAUUCAUAAGACUUAGUAGUUGGCGAGUUUGCUGUUUCUUGUGGACAUUUCCUGUGUAUAAAUGGGUUUAGUUAAAUUCGGCACGACGAUUGGUUGGUGUAGUUCGCGAACCGAGGCAUAUUGUAAAUAUAAUGAUACGUGUUUCUCUCGUGUACCGACUUAGUUGCAUUUUACCAUUGUUGGGAACUGCCAAAACUAUUGUAAUAAAUAGCGCUGCAUACAACGGAUCACACGAAAGUUCUUUUCAUCUAAAACUAGUGAGAUGGACGUACUUUAUUCAUAACUUUAAUAAGACAGUGAUAUUUAGCUUAACAUUUCCUUUUGGACUUUUAAUACGAAAUACUUUCAUCUGAUAGUUAAAAUGACGAAGGUACGGCAUUCUCAUUAAUAAAAGUGUCUGUUCGUUUGGUCCGUUGUAAGUAGACAGCGUGUGCGGCGUAGCAGCUGUAGAAACGCGACAUUGUAACAAUAAACUAUUGCAUAAUGA